UGCAUAAAUAGUAAAGAUGGCGGCCUCCAUCCGGGAAAAACAGACAGUGGCCUUGAAGCGAAUGCUAAACUUUAAUGCACCACCCAUAAAAAACACAUCAGCAGAACCAGUAUGGAAGGUCCUUAUUUACGAUCGGUUCGGCCAGGAUAUUAUCUCUCCUCUUCUAUCAGUGAAAGAGUUAAGAGACAUGGGGAUCACGCUUCACCUAUUAUUGCACUCCGACAGAGAUCCCAUCCCAGAUGUCCCUGCAAUUUACUUUGUAAUGCCCACAGAGGAGAAUAUAGACAGAAUAUGUCAAGACCUGCGGAACCAACUUUAUGAGUCUUACUACCUAAACUUCAUCUCUGCAAUCUCCAGAAGCAAGCUUGAAGACAUAGCCAAUGCAGCUCUUGCAGCAAAUGCUGUGAAUCAAGUAACCAAAGUGUUUGAUCAGUAUUUGAACUUCAUAACACUAGAAGAUGACAUGUUUGUGCUCAGCAAUCAAAACAAAGAACAGAUCUCCUAUCACGCAAUCAACAAGCCGGAUAUCAUGGACACAGAUAUGGAGGCUAUAAUGGACACAGUUGUCGACAGUCUUUUCUGCUUCUUUGUUACUCUUGGUGCUGUUCCAAUAAUCAGAUGUCCAAGAGGAAACGCAGCUGAAAUGGUAGCUGUGAAACUUGACAAGAAACUGAGAGAGAAUUUGCGAGAUGCUCGUAACAGCUUGUUCACUGGAGACACCAUGGGCACUGGCCAGUUCAGUUUUCAGAGGCCACUAUUUGUUCUUGCUGACCGAAAUGUGGACCUUGCCACCCCACUUCAUCACACAUGGACUUACCAAGCCCUAAUUCAUGAUGUCCUGGAUCUUCAUCUGAACAGGGUCACUAUGGAUGAGUCUUCAGGAUCAGAAGCUAGCCCAGCAGGGGCACGGCCCAAGAAAAAGAACAAAAAGAGCUAUGAUCUCACAGCCGCUGACAAGUUUUGGCAGAAACAUAAAGGAAGUCCAUUUCCUGAGGUAGCAGAAUCAGUGCAGGAAGAGUUAGAUGCAUAUAGGAGCCAAGAAGAGGAGGUCAAGCAUCUAAAGAGCAUUAUGGGCCUUGAAGGGGAAGAUGAAGGAGCCAUUAGCAUGUUGUCUGACAACACUGCCAAACUUACCUCGGCUGUCAGUUCUCUUCCUGAGCUUCUAGAGAAAAAGAGACUAAUUGACCUUCACACUAAUGUUGCUACAGCAGUUUUGAACCACAUUAAGUCACGCAAGCUGGAUGUGUACUUUGAGUAUGAGGAGAAGCUUAUGAGCAAGUCCACUCUGGACAAAUCUCUGCUGGAUAUUAUCAGUGACCCUGAUGCUGGAACACCAGAGGAUAAGAUGAGACUCUUCCUAAUCUACUAUAUCACUUCCCAGCAGCCUCCCUCAGAGAGUGAUCUUGAACAAUAUAAAAAGGCUUUGACUGACGCUGCUUGUGACCUCUCCCCCUUAAACUACAUAAAGCAGUGGAAAGCUUUUACAAAGAUUGCUGCUGGACCAACCAACUAUGGUAACAGUGGAGUGAAACCAAUGGGCCUCUUCUCCAGGGUGAUGAACACUGGUUCACAGUUUGUAAUGGAAGGUGUGAAGAAUCUAGUCCUGAAACAACAUAACUUGCCAGUUACUCGGAUCUUGGACAACUUAAUGGACAUGAAAUCAAAUCCGGAAACAGAUGACUACAGGUACUUUGAUCCAAAAAUGCUCCGUGGCAGUGAAAGCUCCAUUCCCAGAAACAAGAACCCAUUUCAGGAGGCUAUUGUUUUUGUUGUUGGUGGUGGCAAUUACAUAGAGUAUCAAAAUCUUGUCGACUACACAAAGGCCAAACAGGGGAAAAGGGUGCUGUAUGGCUGCAGCGAGUUGUUUAGUGCAGCUCAGUUCCUGAAACAGCUCUCUCAGCUUGGUCAGAAGUAAGACAGAAGAAGGACUGAGAGGCAGGGGUUCUGUUUUUCCAGCUUUCAAAUCUACAGUCACCAACUCUCCAUUUAUACGUCAUUGUCCCUUUAACAACUAAUUGCUUAUAUUCCAUGUGCUUUAUAAUGUCAUAAUUUACUGGUAUUUAAUAAAUGUGUCAAUAAAAUGUAACAUUUAAAAAAUGUC